AUGCAAUUAUUUUGCUUUGAAGUUGACAGAAAAUAUGAUUUAAAUAGUGAUAGUGCACCAGUACAGUUUCUUGUUGUUAAAGACUAUGUAGGUUAUGGAACUCUAAUUGUAUUUGGCAUAUCAAAUAAAGAAAACCAACAUACAAUUAGACUUGCUGUAGAAGCAGUUAAACAAAAUAUUCCAUGUCAAAGCAGAAGUAAAGAGGAAGCUAUAGAGCUUAGUGAUGUUUAUGAAUUAUUUAUUAGAUCUUUAUCACUUUCAGAAAUUACUAAAGAAUAUUUAUGCAAUGAUAUGUUUGCUAAUUGGUUGUUUGAAGAAUGGAUUAAUUGUUUUAUUGAUAGUGGUUGGUUGCCUUCUGUAAAUAAUCACUCAGAUAUAAAACCUAUAACUACAAAUAAUCUUAUAGAAUAA